ACUAGAGUACGUACUGUACGUCUUUGAAUGUGGGCAAGCCAUUUCUUUCCUUUUUGACUCUUGAGCAACUCAAUUUGCGACCAGAUUUAGAAGAUAACAGUCCUGCUUCCUAGUCAUUAGCAUUGAAGACGAUAUGAAGCUCCACUGACAUUGGCAUCUCAUCCACCUUGAUCGGUCAUGUGUCUUCAGUUUGGCAGUGAUAUCCGUGAGACAUGGAACCAAUUCAGCCACCCUUAGGGGAUAUCCAGCCCAAAGGGUUGAAGUUCACCAUUGAAGAAAUUCUAAAGCCGGAUCAGCCGAAGACCAAGGCUAGAAAGGAUCCCAAACCCUCGAUAGCCUUCAAUUACAACUUGCCAGCCUGGAUCUUUUGCACGCGGUAUUCAGAUCGACCUUCCUCAGGAAGUCGAGCACGAAAAUCCAAACUGGACCGAAGAACUCAGCCGUCCAAACCUGAGAAAGAGACGAAGAAGAAGGUCCAAGUCAUCCCCCACCAAGAUUCUUCUUCUUCCUCCUCUCCUUCUUCUUUUUCUUCUUCUUCUUCUUCUUCAUCGUCAUUAUCAUUUUCUCAUGAUAAGAGACCUCGCACUGCUUUCAGCACCGAGCAAUUAAAACGUCUGCAAAAUGAGUUUCGCACAAACCGUUAUCUCACCGAGAGCCGAAGAUCCAGUCUGGCCCAGAGCUUAGGGCUCACCGAGAAUCAAGUGAAAAUCUGGUUUCAGAACAAACGAGCCAAGAUGAAAAAGGCCCGACAAGUUGCUCACCCCAACUUAAUAUGAAAUCUAAUUUAUGAACUCUUUCUAUUAGUCCGGAGCCUUUGGCUCAAGAGGCAUACAUAUACAUAUGCAGUAUCUUAGUGACAUUAUACUCUACAAUUCGAAAAGCCGCAAGACCACAGAGUCACUAACUUAUGAAAUGCUCUUGGAGCUCAGCCACCACAGUAGAAGUUGAAGAGUUCAUUGGAAAUAAAGAGUC